AUGAAUAACGUAAAACAUUGCGACUGGCGCAUAGAGUUAUAUGACUGUGAGAUGAGCGAACUUUGGGUCGCUCAAGUCAUAGUAUCUGUAGUAACAUACAAGUAUAUGUGGCAUGGUCUAUUUGUAGACCAAGGGAACGGUAUAAGACCUUUACCAGUGGAUAAUUUACUUUUCUUUUGGACCAUUGCCUGUUUCCUAAGAGGUUUACACGGACUGUUUAUGCUUUGCCAGGUUUAUACUCGAUAUUGGCAAAAGGAGUUUAUGCAGGAGAUUGGUUGGACCAUGUUUUGUUUUGGUGGCAUUUUAUAUCUUGUUGGUAUAAUAUAUACCAUCCCGGCAAAUUAUACUAGAGGUAUGGCGGCGACCAUAAAGAUAGAAAGUAGAAGGGAUCCUUUAAACUAUUUCACGUCGCGUGAAAUAUACAUUCCCACCCCCAAUAUGUUGAACAUAAUCCUUGCCCUGUGGUGUUUAUAUCCGACGUGUACAGCUUUGCCUUUUGCUAUAUUAUCGGGGAUAGCAAAAGAUAAUGAUAAUAAAGAAGCGGCAGCGAAAUGGACGUGUGCCCAAUAUGCAUCAUACUUCGUCUUCAAUUCAUCGUUCGCGAUAAUUGGUGCAUAUUAUGGCAUAAAUUUUAUGCUCAUCUUGAGAAACUCGAUGAAACAGUUUUCAAGACGCUCAGGAGGAUAUUAUCAGUCGAAUAGUAAUGCGACACGGAACGCUCUUGAUACCUUAAAAUAUACCAUGACGUAUAUAGCCGUUUUGCCGAUGAUAUCGGGUCCUUGGUGGGGAAUUUAUGGAUUAUAUCAUGACGCCAUCACAAACUCAAUCAAUGGUGUGAGCCUUUUCUUGUCGACCAUGUGGCAUAUCGGAGGCGCACAACCUCUAAUAGCAGUCACGCAAUAUGUCCUUUUGAAAAGGAUCUAUCAACAUUACACUGGUCAUGUUGCUUCGAAUGAUAUGAACUCGUCAGGCGUAGGUUCAACGAAGAGGAGUAACAUGAGUCCGAUCUCACCUUCGUUCUCAAUGUCUCCUACUUCUCCAACAUUCCCAACUAUGUUAAACCCGGUUUUAUUAAAACCGAAUCAACAAGAUCGGUCGAGCGAUUCAACCAUAGAUUUUUUCUAUGAUGUUGAAUCGGUUCAAAAGUCAGAAGAAGAUAAAUUAGACAAUCUUAAAUUGUCGCCCGCAGGUAUCGGUUUCCCAGAUUGGGACAAUUUUCAAAUUCCAAGCAAAAACCCGGAAUCUGGAGAACGCGGCGUGUAA